AUGUUUCGGAUGUUGGCAUACGACGUGUCAGUAGAUGCUACUGAUGAGUAUAUUAAAAUAGGUGAAUCUACCAUCGUUGAAAGUUUGAAGAGAUUUUGUCAUGCCGUUGUCGAAAUAAUUGCUGAGCAAUAUCUAAGAUCACCCACUGCGAAUGACAUUGAGAGACUAUUCCAUGUUAAUAAACAACGUGAUUUUCUCGAAAUGUUGGGCAGUCUAUAUUGUAUGCAUUGGAAGUGGAAAAAUUGUCCAACCGCAUGGGCAGGACAAUAUACAGGUCGUAGUGGAUCCCCAACUAUUAUCCUCGAAACUGUAGCUAAUUAUGAUCUUUGGAUAUGGCAUGCAUAUUUUGGACUUCCUGGUUCGAACAACGAUAUCAACGUUUUGGAGAGAUCUCAUCUUUUCGCAAACCUUGCUCAAGGUAUUGUUCCUCCAGCUCAAUACAUCAUUCAAGGAAGAUAA